AUGAAUAUUUUGCCGCAUUUUGGACAUGAUGGUAUUGACAUAUGCCCUCCCUCCUUCUUGUUAUUCUACACCCUCUUGCCAUUCCAGAAACUCUUGUUCAAGUUAUCACCGUUCUACACAUUCUUCUCGAUCAUUGUGUUCGUUAUAUUCCAACUUGAAUCAUUUUCCAAGUCAUCACCAUUACAAUACAGCACUAGCACACCGCUGCACCUGUCCUCACAAUUGACGACCUCCAAAUCAUUCACGAUCUCGAUCAGCAUGCUUAAUCAAACAGGAGGACAGCAUUCCAGGAGGAGUGCAGCUUAUUGCGCCUCAUUCUACCAAGCCGACAAAGAGGAUGACCACUCCAACCUGGCCCUCGAGGCAGCUAAAUCAAGAUGCAAAGUGUGCCAGGCUCAAAAAGCCCUGGUGGAUUGCACCUUAGAGCUCCAUAUGGUACUUGUGGACCUCUACUGCCGUCAUGUUGAAGCUGCAAAUAUGCGUCUGUUAACGGCCGACCUCAACAUAGGGCGUAUGCAUAUAGAGAGAAAAAAAAAGUGGUAUUCCAACAUUUGUGGGUUCAAGUCCUUGACGUGGUACAGCCUGAGUGCGCUCUAA